AUGGAUGUUAAUGAUGUCCACAGGGAUUUUCAAGGAGCUUUACAAGUCGUGUUCGACUUACUAUGGACUUUGAUAAAAGUCAACUAUUUGACGGUGGUCGGUAUGUGGCGGACCAUCAUGCCGCCAGAUCCCAAGGAUGUACGAGAUGAAAUCGUUCUCAUCACGGGUACCGGUCAUGGCAUCGGUCGGGAGAUGGCGCUGAGGUUCGCAAGACUCGGAGCUACCCUGGUGUGUGUGGACAUCAACGCAUCCACCAAUGAGGACACAGUCAGGAUGAUCAAACAGGAGAAGAAUAAGGCAUUCAGUUAUCAGUGUGAUGUCACCGAUCGUGCUGCAGUGAUGCAAAUGGCUGAAAAGAUUCGUCGUGAGGUCGGCGAGGUGUCGAUCCUCGUGAACAACGCUGGUAUCAUGCCUUGCAAGCCCUUCCUCAACCAGACGGAAAAAGAAAUAAGACUGAUGAAUGACAUCAAUGUCAACGCUAAUCUAUGGAUGAUCCAAGCUUUCCUUCCAUCAAUGAUGGAGAGGAACCACGGUCAUAUAGUAGCGAUGUCCUCUAUGGCUGGGUUGAUGGGACUUCGCAACCUGGUCCCUUACUGCGGGUCAAAAUACGCUGUGAGAGGCAUUAUGGAGGCAUUGGCUAUCGAACUCAAAGAGGAUCCUAGAGAGUUUAGUGGAAUUAAAUUCACAACUAUAUGCCCCUACAUGGUGGACACCGGGCUAUGCAAGAAACCCCGCAUCCGUUUUCCUAGUUUAAUGAAGGUGGUGUCAGCUGGGGAGACAGCUGACUUGAUCGUUGAUGCUGUGAGGAGAGAAAUCUUGGAGAUCACCGUCCCACAUGAACUGCACUUCAUGAAUAGAUACGUUUAUCGUGUCCUACCGUUCCCCGCUGCUGUCGCAUGGAACGAGUUUUUCAACACUGGUGUUGACUCCCACGAAUGA